GCCGUCAGCUGAUCGGCUGCCUGCUCGCCCGCUAGCCCCAACUGCCCUGUGCGCCCCGCGCUGCGCUCCGCUGUCCGACGUCCCGACCCGCCGCACCGCCUCCACUCGAAUCGAAUCGAACCGACUGUCGUCGAUCAUGACGAAUCGCUCCGUGUUCGCCCGAGGCCUGCUGGUCGCCACGUUGUCGGUGCUGGCGCUCGCCGCCGCCGCGGCGGCCGCCACGGAUAGCAGCGAAGGCGACGGCGACAAGAGCGGCCCGGCCGCCGCGCCGGCCAGCACGGAGGCUCCAGCCCAGGCGGACGCGGCUCCCGGCUCCAGCUCCAGCACGGUGGGCCCGCCGCCUCCGGCCGCCGACAGCGCCGCCGCGGGGUCCGACACUUCCAGCGUCGCCGUGCCCAAUGACGUCAUCAGCAGCGGGAGCGCCAGGGAAGGCGCCGCCAGUCUCGCCGAUGCUCGUUUCAGCGCCGGCCGGCCGGAGGCUGGCGGUCGCAGCAGCGCGGUGAGCGGCCGCAGCAUCAGCAGCGCCAGUGGCAGCCCCGCCUCCUGGAACAGCGCCGUUCCAGCUCCAGCUCCAGCGCCCGCUCCGGUGCCGGCGGCGGACGCAGGCCAGUUCCACAUCCAGACGGACGAGGGCCCCGAGCGCUACUUCCGCUACCAGACGCAGAGCGGCCAGUACCGCAAGGAGAAGCGCCUGCAGGACGGCUCCGUGGUCGGCUCCUACGGCUGGAUCGGCGCCGACGGCGUGCUCCGCCUCCGGGACUACGUCGCCGACAACUCGGGGUACCGCGUGGUGCGCACCAAGUCGGUGUACGUGGGACGCGAUGAGCCGAUCGGCAGCGCGCUGGCCAAGAGCAAGUCUGCGCCCUCGCAGGGCGGCACCAGCUACCGCGCGCCCAUCGCCACCGCGCCCCCCACCCCGGCGCCGCUGCCCCUCUCCACGCCGCAGCAGGAGCCAGUCAGGCGGCCCGCCCUGGGCUACUCAGCUCCCGCCUUCAGCUUCAGUCCGCCGGCGUCGGUCAUCUACCCCGGCUACCAGCCCAUCUCGUCCAACGCCAUCCAGCCGCAGUACUCUGGUCUGCCGAGCAACUACCAGUACCAGACGGCGUCGCCGCCGGCGGCGGACCGCUACGACAACGCGGCGGCCGGCUACUACCAGAACACUGUGCAGCCGCCCGCGCAGGCGCACACGCAGUUCCCGCUCUACGACGGCAUCGCCACCACGCAGAACGGCUUCAGGUACUACCUGCCGCGUCAGUACCAGGAGGAGGAGACGCUGUCGCAGGACCGCCGCGCGGGCAGCUUCGGCUACAUCGACCCGUUCGGCAUCCGGCGCGUCAUCUACUACAACACGGCCCCAGACACCGGAUUCGUCCACCGCAAGAACAAUCGAUACGUCGGCUUCGACGCGACGCCCUACGACCCCCGCUUCUGAGGGCGUCGCCGCCCCCAGUAGUAGCUCUCCUGGAAAUAUGGCCCUCGUCUGUCGGACACUUGUUCUUUAUUACUGCUCUUAUACCCGCUCUCGCAAAGGCAAAACGCCCAAAGUUGUUACGUUAGUAUUCGAGAGUUUCCGAGAACAUAUUUUGUACGUUGCCUCCUUCUGCUCAUUCGCAAGUAUUUGAGGUGCUCCCAUGAUAGAAGAUACCGCGGUCUCUGACAAUGCCCUCUGCUACAGAUUUAUUUAUUUAUUUUCAUGUGGCCUUCAAAUUUUCACUGGGUUUACACCUGAGGCGGAUAUAGUGCAGUACAAAUCUUCGAUUAUUUUAAUCGAGAUGAUAAUGGUGUACUGAUGAAAACGCAAACUUGGAAUAUGUAAACUACUUUCUCAGAGUUCACUUAGCUUUUGGCAGUGCUAUACCAUAACACAGGAGAAUCAGUUUUAUUAAAUGACAACAAGAGCUUUAAAAAGAAUAUAUAUUCACACGACCGCUUUAAGUCCUAGACCUUUUAUCAAGAGUUCCGUCACAACACAACUCCUGUUGUUGCUGAGCACUUAUUAAUAGCCUAAGGCCGCAACGUAAUUGUGCACUUUUGGUGCUACUGGAACUGUCAUUAAUAGAACUGAUAACGACACUUGCAGAUGCCCGAUAUGAGAAUCAUGGUGUGCAAAAAAACUAACAAGAGAAUCUGUUCCCGGUUUCGCGUUUCUCUUCGUAUAUAACGAAAUAAAUGCAAAUCUUUUCCUUUUUUCAAGUCAGUGUUUUGAAAGGUUCCACGCCGUCCAGCUCCUUUUAUCUUGGAUAGCUCCAUGCAUCUCUAAAAUCUUGCUACAAGCUACAUCCACCAGAAUAUGUAUUAAAUAUUUCACAUUUCGAUUUUUAUAUUCUUCAAGAAUUUUAGUACGUCGUCACGUUAGCUGUCUUGGAUGCCCCACAAAUAAUCCCUAACCUGUCCUUCACUUUGGUAACUGUCUUGUAGACUUCUAACCUAGAUUAUCCUUUUUUCUACCUCUUAUUUUCUCAAUCUAUAUGCCUACUUGAUUUUUAACAUUGUUCCAUGCACACAGACAUGUACAGUUUCAGAAACAUCAUCGUCUUUUCUGUGACAAUAUUUCACGGCAUACUCUCUCUUUGACUGAAGAGAGUUUCUUUUUGAAUACAUUACGGGAAAGGCAGUGAUCAAUGUCUUACAAAUAUUUACUAUUAAAAACAGUCUUGAUCACGAUUUAUUUAUCGAGGUGACCGGUUUCGACCACUACUGUGGUCAUCUUCAGACCAUUGAGUAGGAACAGAAAGAGGUUCCUACUCAAUGGUCUGAAGACUAGUAGUGAUUCUCCAACAGAAAGAGGUUCCUACUCAAUGGUCUGAAGAUGACCACAGUAGUGUUCGAAACCGGUCACCUUGAUAAAUAAAUUGUGAUCAAGACUGUUUUUAAUAGUAAAUAUUUGGAAGAGAGUUUCGUUUUCUGGCCAUAAUCUGCUUCUGAUUUGUUACGUGCUUCAGCCACCAGCUCUAAUUUUGUUUCCUUGGCAGCAUGAUUCACUCUAUUACUGCAUUUUCUCGGAAUAUGUAGUUACCAUAUUCACUAUUCUCUGUUCUAUGGUUUUUUAUAUAUUUCCUUCUAUCUCUGUUAUUAACUCAAAUUUGUAUGCAACGUAGCCUGUCAAUUCUCUGCUUUUCGCCAAAAGGCCGUUGGUAUCUCUGCAUUAUGACAAUACAACUUGCAAAUUCAUCGCUCAAAAAUUAUCAUGUAGAACUUCAGAUCACUGGUCCUUGGAAUACAAAUUCUAGAAAUAAAUGGGAACAUCUGUGCCAGCUUUUAUGGCAGUCAUAACCCUUUGUGCACUUAAUAUACAGGCGCCACAGCAAUUUUUUUUUUCACUCGCGGAUAUAGUAAUUCUGAUCGACGAGAAGCAGGGCCAUAUUUCCAGGCACUAAUAGGACUGGAGCUUUGGAUGCGCUGCAGCCGCGGAAUCAUCUCACCGUCCCCGUAGCAAACAGAGCGAGGUUCGCACGAGUGGAGCAACACCCACGCGUUGUCCGUCGCACAGCCCGUGAGUGGUCGCCGGGCGGUGCCCGUCUACUCCAGAGUUUCCGCCUCGAGGUCGAAGCUCUGUCCGAGUAAACGUGCUGCCGUCCCUUCCCUUCGUUCUUACGCACCUUCAGACCCCCACCAUUAACGCGGAAAACCAUCUAAUUAAUACGACACUCUUUCUAACAUAAAAACGAGUACAUUUUUCUGUAUUUACAAGGCAUUUACUGACACCCUAAUUCAUUUAAGGCAGCAUCGACCCAUACCCAUACAUAUAUUUUCAAGUAAUAAUUUAUAAACAGUUGGAAGUACCGAAACACGUUAACACACUGUGGUAAGAUGCAAAAGGGAAAGAAUUUUCUAUGUGGUUAAUAACAUUUUUAUGAAUGGAGAUGAUGAUUCAUCGAUAUAUUUUUAAUGGAACUAUACACUUCUUCCGAAAUAUUCGACAGUUCUUGAAAAGAGCAGUACAAUGAUUAGCUUGUCAAGUCUCCAUACAGUGAAGCUGUUCGAAGAAAGAGGCGAGGGAUGUGCUAAAUAUGAAAACGCAGUUUCAUCUCCAGUGACACAUAAACAUUGCGUAAUGGAGCAGCACUCUCAGUAUCCAUAAUUACAAGACUUUCCACGCCUCUUAGCGAAAUGUGAUAGCGCUAACUUUAACGACUGUUCACUUCUUUUCAAAGACUCACAAAUUCCAUAAAAGAUUAUAAAUCUGUUUCAAACCAUAGGCGUCUCAAUGUCUCGGAAUGUAAAGUUGAUAGCAUUAACCGUAAGGGAAGUACUCUUCCGUUUACCUACUCGUAUCUCGUCUUUAUAUAUUCUGUUCCUUCUGAAACAGUAGGAAUGACAUUUUUAUGUGGUCCUUUUCUAUAACUACCGCAAUUUGUUAUUUAAUAAUUACAAUACAGGCAUUGUCAUUGUUUGAUUAUACUUCGGUGUAUUGUACGAUUUACCUUAUCAGGAACUGAGAUAUGUUAUCAGCAAUUUCUAAAAUUUUCACAUCCCACAUUUUCACGUCCUUACAUUUAAUAACAAGCUUUUAAACUUGCACACCGUUUUUUGUUACAUAUUUUCCUACCCAACCUCCAGUCUUAUACAGGACAUUUUCUACAUUUAAGUACCUUCCCCUUGCAUUACUGCAGAAGACUACAUAACUACUUGCAAGGAACAUAAAAAAAUAAAAAACGAAACGAUCCACUUAGUAUACCUACAACUUCCCACACCCCAGCAUCUGUUCAUCCAUUCUCAAAAGUGAUCAUAUUUGUAUAUAAAGUCCUUCUUACAUGCUAUUUCCCUAUUUGGAUGUCACUAACGAGGAUAGUGAUGUCACAGCAGUGACUACAAGCAGCUAUACUCCCACCUAAUAACUUUUAAGACGACGUCCAAACCGGCUGCUAGCGAAUUACGUCGGUGUUCGAUGUGUCGUGUUGGAAGAUGAAGACAGCAACGCAAUGUUAACCAUUUUCAUAACGUAACUGUUAUGUUUGUCUGCUUUGACGUAGUUUAUUCCUUAUCACACUGUUUCACGUUGAACAUUUUAGGCUAGAGUAGAUUAGACACUUUUUUAUUUAUAUCUUACACGAUGGUAGCAAGUAAUUUAUAUUAAAUAUUGCAGUGCGAAUAGUACAGUUGUGAACUGUAACACUCGAGCCUGUACAAAUUUGAUAUGAAUAAAAAGAUUUGUUACAA